CUCAGGGAUCGACGGUCGGUAGAUUCCUGUCCCCCUCCCCAGAUCGCCUAUCAGCGCCCGCUGGAGACGAACAAACGUCAGUCCCGCCUUCGCCUACGAUCUUCCCAUUCGUCUGCUUCCUGGCUUCUUCUGGCGUCGGCCUCAAGCCGAUCUUCUUCCUGACACUACCCAAAAUCUCCGAUCCGAAUCUCCCCACAUUUUGGUUUAGAUUCGAAGGGGAACUCCCCUCGGUGUGAGGUUUGCGUGUGUCUCAAAUAUGAAUGCUGAAUGGGUGUGCGCCACCCGAGAAGAUUGCUUUGUAGCCUGAACCGACUCACCUGCGACAUCCUCGUUGGGCGAACAUCCCGGAACAACGCAUCAGCUCCCUAAGGUGCCAGUCCACGUCGAUCGGCCUGAAGCAUGCAAAAUGUCUGGCGGUGACGAACAGGCUUUUGGUGUCCGGGAUCGUGAGCCGCUCCCGUUUGGGCGACAAUCCUUUGGCCACUCUUUAGACUCGCCGACCGUACCUUUCAACCCAGCACCUUCGACCACGUAUUCUCCGACUUUCAGUGACCCCCAUUCCUCCAAUCAUUUGGCCGAGUCGCAUAGAGGGCAGUCUCCAGACCCUGCCGACUAUUACCGCCGUGGGGCCCUGUCAACAUCCAAUGUUAGCGAAGGGUUCAGCGAUGUGACAACAGGCAUGGCUGCGGCCGACUAUCCACAAAUGGGUGACAAAGUGUCACCGCUGCCAACAAAUGUUCUGGAGUCAUCGCGUGCCCGGCGACAAACAUACCGUUCAGCAUCAGACUCCUCAAGCUUAGGCACAUCCGACAUAGCUUCACGACCAGGUCCCAGAUCCCGCCAGGCUUCGUUCAAAGAUUUGAUCAACAAGUUCAACAAUACCUCCGACCAGGUUCUCCCCCGACCCUCCGCAUCUCGUUCGACCUCUAGAGCAGCGAGUCCUUCUGGCAGUAGUGUUGAAGACACUGACCGACCUCGUAUCCUGUCUCGCCAUCGUCACCUUCGCGAUUCUUCGCCAGUAUCUGUCACCAGUUAUCCUCGUGCAUUAGAUUCCAUACCUUCAUCACCAGAAGUCGGGAAGUUUGUUCCGGCACCUCUCCGCACGAACGCAAUUCCUCCGCCUUUGUUUCAACGGAUACAGGAGUCGCAUCCUCGGCGGCCUUUGUGUGGUGAAGUGUUGUCGAUCAACACUCAGGUCAACAACACUGGCCUUGGAAUUCCAUCGCACUUGCGACGUCGUGGGUCUGAUGGAAGUAUCCCAAGCCCAAAUCCAGCUUUCAUCGACCAAGCCGAAUACUCUGCAAAGUCACCGUUGACCCCUACUGCGUGGUAUCUUGGACACACAACUUCUUUAGAGGCAGUCCACGGUGGAGUAAGCAGUGGAAAACACCGCAGAGUACGAAGUGAUCUGGAUAGAAAUCCUUCGCGAGAACCCCUUGCCGAGCCUUGGGAACCUGAAAUGGCAUCUCGCAUUCCUGUCUCCUCGCACCGUCUUGUCACUGCUUCCGGCCCGGAUGCCCUAUCACCAACCUCGAACCCGACAUUCAGCAGCCGAUCUGCUGCCAUUACCGUCCCGCCCAAGGGCAUCAGCCGCCUUCCCAUUGCGUCACCAAAACAAAGCCCAUCCCGCAUGCCACAGGAUGAUCCCGCCUCGUUUGCGAUAGCCUCGCGUGGCAGACGAGACCCGGCAGUUGGCCGAACCCGCAAUCAAUUAUCCGAAUCCAGUCGACGACUUCAGGCAUACAUCGCUGCUCCACCGCCCAAAAAAUCACCUCCUUUGCGUAGCUCGCGGCCCCGACAACCCGUCUCACAUGGUGCCUCGGUCUCUCCACGCUCCAGAGUUGGUAGUACACUUUCGUCAUUACAAAAGCAAGUCGAGCAUAACGGCCCGCGCUCUCGGCCUCGGCAACGCAGAAUCCCUGAGUUUGGUAAUGUCGAUCUCGAAACUCGCCGCCAGCGCAUCCAACAGGCUUUCAAUCGGACGGUCCAAGAGAAUGAACGAAAGGAAGAAGCUGCAGCAGAGCUUCGACGCCGCGCUUUGGUACGAGACCAAAAGGCAAAUGAAGCUUCCAAGACACCAACAGAAGAACCUAUAACAACACCCAUUCCACCUGCGUCCAAUCCUCCAAUGCCCGAAGAUAUGGCUACGGUAGUCAAAGAAUCGACCACUCCGGUCCUCUUCAAGGAGAACGGUGCGCAAGGAAUUCCGAAGCUACAUCUCAAUACUUCGCUCCCGGCAUCAGACAUCGCGGCACCACACACGACAAUGGACUCUCCCACUCUUGGUCUGCCGCAGGGAGUAAGCCAUAAGGGCCCGUCUAUGGGAGACGAGCUACAGCCUUCCGAGGAUGUAGCUCCAUGCUCAGCUGUCACAACCGAUUCCAACGGUACCCAUGUUACCACUUUCGACCCGGAGCCGCAGUCUGGGCUUCUCCAGAGGAACCCCAGCUUAUCUCACCGGACUAUCUUGAAUCAGAUUAUGCAAAUCCGCGAAUCUAGCCCAAGCGACGACUCAUGCGAUGAACCGGAUUGCAGUAUGUCGGAAACCGAUGACAAGGAAUCGAUUCAAAUUAUGCUCGGAGAUACGAAAACCUACUUCAAUUCGUCAAGUAGUACCGACACCCAAGAGCCUCAGCAUACAUCAAUUCAACAGGCACCGGCCAUAAACCAGCCUCAGAACAGAUGGAGUAUGAGUUCAUGGUCCUCUUCUGUACAAAAUCAGCAUUCCACUUGUGACGAGCAGUAUGAUGAAAGCUGUGACGACAGUAUUAUUGCAGGCCGCGACACAGAGCCCCCAACUGAAACUUGUUCAGUUGUCUCAACCAGACCAGCCUCCAUCGCCGACGACGAAUAUUCGUCACCUCUUCAGGAUUACGGUGUAACAGGACCGAGCACUCUUCAGGCGUCAGAGUCGCAUGCAGCCGGUAAUGCAUUCUCUACGCCACCCAACUUGGCUCGGCUCGGUAGAUGGGAUUCGAAGCGUGUUACUCAGCUCUACCUUGAAGAGUUGACUCGAGGCACAGGUCACAAUAUACCCGUGCCUACGGUUCGCAUCUCGCCCGAGCGUCGAUCUCACCCUAUGGAUAUGCGUGGGCAUGGGCGAGCCAAUAGUCUCACUGAUGAUCCAGUCGUCGUUCCAGGAUUCCAGGACGUCCCUGCUGCGGAUAGACUGUCUCAUACGGCUAGUCUGGUUGGGCGUGAUGACUGGGAGCAUGCAUCUCCUUCCAUUAUGGACUGGAUGCAGAUCGCUGCUGAUGAUGAACACGCUGCUACUGCAAAUAAACCCGACGGCAUUGAUACUGAAGACAUGCUAACACCCAGGUUGGUGCCUUCGACACUGGACGCUGGGGCCUCGGGAAGCUCGAACGACGGUCCCAAGACUGUUGACACCCAUGUUCUCAGGGAGCAGACAUCCCAAGCUCAUCUCCCAACUUCAUCCAUGAACCCGUCGAUGACGAUGGCUCACGUAAAGUUUGAGGAAAGGCCAGCAAGCGAACUUCCAGCUGUUCCUCUAAGCAAUAUGAAAGCCGAAACCAACCAGUCUGCCCCUGCUAUUAUGAGACACAGUCCGGGAAGUAGCGAAAACUCUUCGCUGCUGCGUCACAAUGAGGGUCAAUCCCCUCGCGCUGCCGACUCUUCAGCCACGUCUCUUGCUCCGUCCUCAGAGAAUCCUUUGCGGCCUGAGACCAGCAAGUCCCCUUCUCCGGAAGAGCGCCGUCUCAAGAAGCGUCGAUAUGUUAUGAAAGAAAUUGUCGACACCGAAUACGAUUUCGGCAAUGACAUGAAGAUUGUUGAGGAUAUCUACAAAGGGACAUCGACCUCUUUGCUGGAUCUUUCUGCUGAAGAUGUCAAGAUUCUUUUCGGCAAUAUUGGAGAAGUAGCAGAUUUUUCCGAUGCCUUCUUGGUCGAUCUCAAGCAAGCAGUCAAGAAGGUCUAUGUCAUACCGCUGUCCCAACGGUGGAGUAGCAGGCGCAAUCGCAAGAAUGGUCUCGGAAUCGACCGAUCUUCCUCCACAAUCAAUGAAAAUCCCGAGGGUGACAAAUUGUCGGAUCUUGAAAAGGAUCGUGGCACAGCUGUUGGUCGUGUUUUCCUCUCUCACAUGGCUAAAAUGGAAAAGGUGUACACUGAAUACUUGAUGAACCAUGAAGCCGCCACCAAGAAGCUCACCGUUCUAUUGAAGAAUCCGAAAGUGGCCAUCUGGCUGGACGAAUGCCACCGGUUUGCAGGUGAUAUCACUAGAGCCUGGAAUCUCGACGCUUUGCUUGUCAAACCAGUGCAGCGAAUCACGAAAUUCCCGCUACUUCUCGGCCAGCUUCUGGAAUCCACGCCAGAUGAUCACCCGGACAGAGCCGCAAUUGCCAAGGCAAUGGAACAAACCGCGAGCAUUGCUGACCGUAUCAACGAGCUCAAAAAGCGAGUGGAAAUUGUUGGAGCUGUCGGUCGGAAGCGCAACCAGUCAGAUGUACGUGCUGGUCUGUCAAAGGCAUUUGGUCGUCGCACGGAGAAGUUCAGACAACAAGUUGGGCUUUCCGAUUUGUUCGAAGAUAAAACUUAUGAUGCCUUGGCGCAGAAACUCGGCGACGGGUACUUCCAGUUGCAGGUGGUCAUGCGUGAUGCGGAGAGUUACACCAAGGAUAUUCAACGGUACAUAGACCAGUUCAGCGAGUAUACUGGUGCCAUUGUCAGCAUGACAUCCAUGGAGCAGUCCAGCUAUCCAGAGCUGGAGAGCAAGUGGCAUCUAUUUAAACUGACAGUUCAGGAAAUCACGACGGAAGCCCUGCCGGCACACCUUGAGGUUGUCCGUAAAUCAGUCAUCGACCCGAUGGUCCAACUGCUUCAGAUUUAUGAGGGACCACAGCGAAUCAUGAGAAAGCGAGACAAGCGGCUACCGGAAUAUGCGCGCUACAAAGCCAUCAAUGACCGUGGUGACAAACCAGACAAGAAAACCACCGAACAAGGAGAGCAGUUUGUGGCUUUGAAUGAGACACUCAAAGACGAAUUGCCCAAGCUUUACGCCCUGACUUCAAAGCUGAUGGAAGCCUGUCUCAAAAACUUCAUUCAGAUCCAAACUACUUGGUUUGGUGUGUUGCAGAAAAAGAUUGGAGCCCACGUUGAAGCAUUCCCCAGUGAUCUUCAUAAGCUCAUCACCGACUUCCACUCUGACCACACUCUUAUGGAAGCUCGAAUGUCAGAGCUGAGUUCUUGCAACGGGUCCAUGCUGACCUCGUCACUCAAUCUGGUGCCCAUGUCGCCCUCAAAUGAAACAGGAAUAACCUCUCCUCGCCGGCCUUCAACAAUCAACAGCUCUACCAGACCCGGGUCCAUGACAGAAAAUUCACCCAAGGUGUCUCGUGACUUCAGCAUCGGAAGCCAUCCAUUCCAGUCACCACAAACGGAAAGCCAGUCAGUUCGCAGCAGCCGUUACCGCGCUGAUUCCACUUUGUCUGGUCGUGUCGUAUCAGACGGCCCCAGCAAAUUGCUGCAGCAAGUAACCGGCUCCAGCACCCCGGCACGAACAUCUGAAACAGAGCCCUUCCCAAGCCUGCCCCAGCUCAGCCUGGACACACCUUUCCUGGCAGAUGUGAUCAGCAGCACACAUUCAACCGACGUUCCGUCUUCUCCCGCCGGCCGCUACUCUGGAUUCUUCUCGUCCGCUAUGCCCAUGUCCGAUACGCCCAACGAGCCCCCAGCGGCUCCGGUCAACACCGGCUCCUCCACAGCGCCCGCAGUUCUCUUUUGCGCAGCCAGCCUUUACAAUUUUGAUAUCGACGCCCGCAGCGAGGGUGGAUAUUCAUACUUAACAUACGUCUCUGGCGACGUCUUCGACGUCAUUGGCGAAAAGGGCGAGCUCUGGCUUGCCCGUAACCAGGACGAUGUCACUCACACGGUUGGAUGGAUUUGGAACAAGCACUUUGCUAGAAUCCGAGACUAG